ACCCCGGAAGUGGGGUGUCGGGCUCCUGUGUUGGUGCGGCGGGGGACUGCUGCAAGAGCCACAGGUCUCCACUUCAAUGAAUUACAUAAAAACACCUUCUCCAGCAAUCAGCGUUUCUAGGAACCACACAGUGAGCCCCAGAGGCAACCUCUUUGUUCCUGGGUGAACCAACCAGAUGUUAAUACUGCUCUGCUAUGAGAUAGCAGCUGCAGCAGCCACAACAAUGUUUCACUUCUUCAGAAAACCUCCUGAAUCUAAAAAGCCCUCAGUACCAGAGACAGAAGCAGAUGGAUUUGUCCUUUUAGGAGAUACAGCAAAUGAGCAAAGAAUGGCAACAAGAGAUAACACUUCAGAAGUGAAAGGCAACCAACCUUUGGAGACCGACAAAGAAAAUUCGUCCAGUGUGACUGUAGCAGGCUGUGAGAUGGAAAAUAAGGCAGGCCAGACUCUGGAAAACAGCUCGUUGAUGGCCGAGCUCCUGAGCGAUGUCCCCUUCACCCUGGCGCCGCACGUGCUGGCCGUGCAGGGCAUCAGCAGCGACCUGCCGGAACACUUACUCUCCUAUGAUGUCAGUGAGAACUUAUCACGGUUUUGGUAUGACUUCACUCUGGAAAAUUCAGUGCUCUGUGAUUCAUAAUCAUUGUGCCUACUUGCACCUGAACGGCUUUUCAAACAUGUUUCCUAUUUAAUUUAACCUGUGUGAUGUUCUUUGCCAUUUUGCUGUUUAAAUGACCUCAGAAACGCAAGGAUCAGAAAGCAAAGAAAAUAACAUUGUGUUCCUUGUUCUUUUUUGGGGGUGGGUGGGGAAUAAAGUAUAUUUGUAUUAAAAAAUUGAA